UGGCAUACAAUUAUAUUAUUUGUCCAUUUUCUGCUUCAUAUAGUACCAGUCUACUAUAUAGAACUGCUAACAUGAGAGCAUUCUUAAGGAUUAAAACACUGCCCAAAAAAAGUAAAAUAGUUAUUAACCUCUGGGACAUCCAUGAGAUGAAUCGGAAUUUAAAAUUUUUCUACGCUUACAGUUGGAAAUUGAAAUCUGGCAGACUUUAGAGACUGUAGGGGUCAUACUUCAGGUUCCUAAGAGGCCCAGUCCAGCACUGUUCCUGAUUACCCCGCUGUAUGUGUAAGAAAUGGGGUUAUGUGGGGGCAGUGUUACUGGGAAGUCCCCAAUGAUGUGUAGGUGGUGAUAAAAAAAUCAAUGAUAAUAUGAAAGUAGGAUGCAGAGCUUCAGGGAUAAGUGGGUGGAGGUGAUUGGCGAGGUUGAGAAGGCAGAGGUAGAACUAAUUAGAAGUACAUCUUCUGUGAUCCCCUUUUGCAGUGGAAGGAAACAAGAGAAAAGAGCACAAACCUCUACCAUCAUUUAAGAUGAACCCUCUAUCAAUUUACAAUGCUAGACUACCCCCCCACACACACACACAUACACACACACACACACACUGCUUUGUAAGUCAAAAAUGAAGCUGCAUGCGUGAAGCUGAUCACCAAAUCUUGUGCAUUGCGUCAAGAAGCAAAUUCCCCUACUUUGACACAAGGAGCUCAUUAGCUCCUACAGAAUGGGGAUCUUGUCUUCAGUUUCUUCCACCCCUGAUAUUGACAAGAAUAACCAAUGCAUGCAAGUAACUGAAUCGCUAUUGCUAUUAAAAUCCUAUUGAGAAACUGGUUGGCUGCACAGGGUUUUAGUAAUAAUAAGACGUGUUGCGGGUUAAAUGUAUGGGGUUCUGCACAAGAUUUAUGAUUAUUACCUAAUUAUUAUGUUAUGAUGCUACAUUUAUUGUAAAAUUAUACAGACCAGACUUUUAACUGUAUUUGGAAACAGCCUUUCCAUUUAACAUUUAAUUUUAUUAUAUUUGCCCCCCCUUGCUAAGGCUAUGAUUUGAUUAGGCUAUGGAAUAAUUGCUUAUAUCCCUGGGUGCCUCCUUUUAGCUGUCACUUUCCUUGGUGUUCUAUGUAUUCCAUUCACAGAGCAGAUUCAUUCUAUGGGUCAGGGAUCCCUCGGUCCUAAUAUUACUAUGGAAACUUUAGUUGCCAAAAGGAAAUAUAUUGACUGCGAGAAAAUGGGGGGGGUUGCAUCUCUGCAGUAACAUAAACAAUAGAUUAUUUAAUGACGCAGAAGAGGUUAUUGUUUAACUCGUGGUUGACAGUCUGCCGAAUAAUACACGGACCGUGAUUAGGGAAGCAGAAAAGGCAGUGAAGGGUUAAAAUGCAGCCCUCCUUAAAAGUACAUCCUCUGCAUUGAUGACAUUGCCAACAUCUGGAUCCAACGUCAUCAGGGGAGGGACAGGGUCUCGGAGAUGGUCACGCAAGAAUUAAUGAUUGAGAGCAGCUUCCAUUUUCUAUCUCUGUGCCGCAAACACAGCAAUUAAUGUGAUGCAUUAGUAUCAUUAUUAUUUGUACACAUAACAAAAGUUUAUUGCGUAUAGGUAGAUACUUUCUUUAACUGUAAAUACAUAGGGCUCUGCAGCAGCAGCAGUGCCAUUAUUAGCAGGGUUUAUGAAAAGAAUUAGUGAGAAAGAACAGGGAUAUGGAAUAAAUAUAUGGAUAUGGAAUAUAUGCUAGCUGCAGGGUCCGGGAGCUUUGUAGAAUUUUUUUUUUUAUUAAUGACAGAUAAAUAGAUCUAUAGAUAGAUACAUUGAUCUAUAGAUAGACUGAUCUGCAGAAUGAGAUGUCAAUUUCAAAAAAGGAAUAUGAGAUAAAGCGUUAAAUUGCAUCUAAUUAGAGGGGCAUAAGGCCUGCAUUUCUCUGUUGAUGGAAAACAAAUGGGAGUAAUUUGUAAGGAGCUGACCUUACGGAGGUGUGCCCUAUACAUAGGGAAAAAUCUUAUGAAUGAAAUUCCAGAGGUGUGGUGUGUGUGUGUUGCCACUGCUGCUGCAAGUGGCCCUGUGUGUGUGUACUCAUUAGUAUUCUGGUCACAGCCCCUUCUGAUUCACAGACUUGGGAGCUGAUCAGGAAUAUAAGCAAACACUUUGACGUCAGAGUUGAGAUUUUUCAGCAGACCCAAUGGGGCAAGAAUAUUAAGUGCAAGUCAAAGACAGCUAUCUGCUAACAUUAUUAGCCAUGUUAACCAAGGAAUGAGACUUAACAAGGACUGCAAGGACUAGCACAAAUGGACAGAGCUGGAGACAGAGGAAAUCUGAAAGCAAUGAUUCACCAGCCUGAAGUCUCCCUUAUGGACCACCUGGUGAAUCUCCACAAUGAUUCUUCUGGUAGGAUGUUCCACCACCAGCAUGACCCUUGGGACACAAACUCUUCCACCGUCAUCACAUCUGACCUCUCCCCAGAUGAAUCUGUCAAUCCAUGGGACAUCAUACUCUGUGUGACAGGGACGAUCAUGGCUUGUGAGAAUGCCAUAGUCAUAGCUAUUCUCUUCUAUACACCCUCUCUGCGUGCCCCUAUGUUCAUACUCAUUGGCAGCCUGGCACUGGCUGAUCUUCUGGCUGGCCUGGGGCUCAUUGUGAAUUUCAUAGUGGUUUAUGUGUUUAACAGUGAACUGGCUACCCUGAGCUCUGCUGGACUAUUGCUAGCUACUUUCUCAGCCUCUGUGUGCAGCCUGCUGGCCAUAACAUUGGACAGAUAUCUGUCUCUCUACAAUGCCCUCACCUACCACACAGAGAGGACUUUGACCUUUACGUAUACAAUGUUGAUCUUACUCUGGGCCUUAUGUAUCUGCAUUGGUCUGUUACCUAUCAUGGGGUGGAACUGUGUCAGGGAACCAUCAUCUUGCAGUGUCCUGAGGCCAGUCACCAAGAACAAUGCAGCAGUACUAGCGGUCUCAUUCCUAUUGCUUUUUGCCUUGAUGAUGCAGCUGUACCUGCAGAUCUGUAGGAUCGCUUUCCGACAUGCCCAACAGAUUGCCGUGCAACACCAAUUCAUGGCUACAUCCCAAGCUUCCAGUACCAGGAAGGGGGUUUCAACAUUGUCCCUUAUACUGGGCACCUUUGCACUUUGUUGGAUUCCAUUUGCUGUCUAUUCCCUGUUAGCAGAUUCAAGCUAUCCUAUGAUAUACACCUACUGUUUGGUGCUGCCGGCGGCUUUCAAUUCUGUUAUGAACCCCAUCAUAUAUGCCUUCAGGAAUCCUGAUAUUCAGAAGUCACUGUGGCUGGCUUGCUGCGGCUGUAUACCACCCAGAUUCUUGUCUGGACCCAGAACUUCCAGUGAUGUAUAAUAUUCACAGACUGUGUGAUUAGAGAGGGACUUGUGACGUGCCAAGUUGGGAGGGAAUAUAAAAAAAAGAUGUCAAACUAUUGUUUUAUUUUUACAAUCGAUAAAUUAUUUAUUGCUUUAAGAUGUGAUAAGGAUAUUUAAAGAAGCACUUAACUAUUUGCUCUGUUUUUACCCAAUGAUUUGUUGGCCUUAGAGAGAAUAUCUCAUUAAUGAACCCCAUUCUUAAUUGUUUUUCUAGCUUCUGUAGGUGGACAUUUACCCUUCCACUUCAAUUUGGUAGUUAAUAACAGUCUAGGUGGGGUAACUGCUUUUGCCCUUAACACCAUACAACUGUUGUUAUUGGUAUUUCCCCCAUUCACUAAUCAGUACCUCUAGAAAAUUUGCAUCAAUACUGUUUUCCUUGGACAAUUACAAUAUUCUAAAAUAGGUAAAUUAGAUUGCCUUCUUCUAGCUGAGGUCUACUAAAACUGCCAGUAUCCUCUGCCAGCUGACCACUGGUAUUUGCUAUUAACGACAGCUGAAGGCAAAGUCGUACGAGAUCUUUUGUGGCAAAAGCACGCCACUGUGCUGCCUACGCUCAAACACUCAUUUUCGUUGACAGAUAUAGUAAUAGCAACAUCUGAAAUAAUUUCCAGGUCAGUGGCCUCUGCAAGUUUCACUAGUGAUUAGGAAACCCAACUUGAGGUGUGGGAGAAUCCUUGAGAAUUAGGAGAGGUGAAUGCAGAGCAAGCAGUAUAAAGGUAGUCACUUGGAAGCCUUAGAAGGCACCGAGCUGCACACUUCCCAU